CUGAACGCAUCGUUUGCUGUGAAAGUGGGAGGUGAAUGUUGUCAACGUGACUGUCAUCAAGCAGCGUUAGAGGGGCCGAGAACAGCGGAGCAGUCGGUUGGGGCUCCGGGUUUUUCUUUUUUCUCUGCCGUCGGGACUUGGAAAGUGUCCGGGCGGGGUGUAGACGGGAUGAACGUCAGGGUUCGGGAAAGAUGGACUUAAGUUUGAGAAAAUCCCCUUCAAACGCGCUCAGAGCGGCUCUGUGAGGUGCAGGUUAACUUGCCGUACAUUGUGUCUUGAACGUUUUUUGGUUUGGACCCCGUAAGCGCGAGCUAGCUUAGCAGGCAGCCGCCUUUAGAGUGAGGCGCGCGGGCAGGUACAGAGGAGGAGGAGAGGGGCUGGUGACAAAGGAAGGUGGCAAGGUAACGAUGAACCGCUUUCGAAAGUGGCUGUACAAGCCGAAGAGGACUGACCCUCAGCUUUUGGCCCAAUUCUAUUAUGCUGAUGAAGAGCUGAACCAGGUGGCCAGUGAGCUGGACAGCCUGGAUGGCAGGAAGGACCCUCAGAGAUGCACUCUACUGGUCAACCAAUUCCGGUCUUGUCAGGACAGUGUCUUGAACAUCAUCAGCCAAAUCAUGGAUGAAUGUAUCCCCAACGACCGUGCCAACAGAGACUUCAGUGUGAAGUUCCCUGAGGAGAUUCGUCAUGACAACUUGGCAGGACAACUGUGGUUUGGUGCUGAGUGUUUGGCUGCUGGCUCCAUCAUCAUGAACAGAGAGAUCGAAAGUAUAGCCAUGAGGCCUCUGGCCAAAGACCUCACUCGCAGUCUGGAGGAGGUACGCACCAUCACCAGAGACCAAGCCCUGAGAGACCUCAACCUGUAUACAGACCGCAUGAAGGACGCACUGCGACAUUUUGACAACCUUUUUGCCGAAUUUGAGCUUAGUUAUGUGUCUGCCAUGGUGCCUGUGAAGUCUCCCAAAGAAUACUAUGUGCAGCAGGAGGUGAUUGUUCUCUUCUGUGAGACGGUGGAAAGGGCUCUAAAGCUGAACUAUCUUACACAAGACAUGAUUGAUGACUAUGAACCCGCUCUGAUGUUUACAAUUCCCAGACUAGCCAUAGUGUGUGGGCUGGUCGUGUAUCCAGAGGGACCUCUUAACCUUGACAGAAAAUCGGAGGAUAUGUCUGAACUCUUCAGGCCUUUUCGCACUUUACUAAGGAAAAUUAGAGACCUCCUACAAACUCUCACUGAAGAGGAGUUGAUGACAUUGGAGAGGAACUUGUGUAUUUCUCAGGAUGGCGAGUUGUCCUCAGGCCAGGGACUCGUCACAAACGGUGUACCAGCACAAGCCCAAGAGAACUGCUCAUCCUGCAGCCCUGCUAAAGACUCCUCAAAAGUGGAGGGUGAGCGGGAAGAGGACCAAACGCCAGUCUUUGUCUGUUCCAGUAAGCAGGAGGAGUUAGCAGAAGUAGAAAAGGAGUGGGAGGAAGUGGAAACCCAAACAGGAGAGGAGGAACAGGAGCAGGGCCUGCUCUGCGAGGAAGCAGAGGAGGCUGAGCUGGCCUGUUCCAUGCAGUAUGACGAAGAGGAGCUCGAGCAGCUGAACAUGAUGGUACAUCGUGUGGGAGAUGAAAUGUCCACUCUGCUAUCGCCUCCGAGCCAAGGCCAAUCUCCGGCCCACCAUCCCAGGAGAGAAGAGCUGGGUGGCUCUAGUGGCCCAUCCAGCACCGAGUCCUCUCCACGCAGGAUUUUUAGGAACCGAGGAAGAACGGGCAUCUAUGUAGAAGAGGAAGACAGGGUCUUCUUUAUGGAAGACCUGGAUGCAGCAGGAGACGGCAUGACCUGCCUGUCAAAAGAGGCCUCUAACUGCAUCGAUCCUCAUUCCAAAGAGUCUUUGCAUCACAAGCCCGGAACAAGGAACGGCUGGUUCUCUGAAGCCACAUCAGAACAGCCUUUUCCACAGCCACGCAGCCUGAACACACACUGUCCUGUGCCAAAGCCUCCCCCAUGCACCUCUGUCCCCGCUUCUGAACCGCUGCCUUACACCAAUGGCUGGGAGAUGGGCUUAGAAGGAACAGCGGCUGAAACCGCAGAGGUCAUAGCCCAUCGCAUGGGAGGGAUGAAGUUGUCUGCUACAGUCAUCUUUAACCCUCAUUCCCCCAGCUUGACUGAGCUGACGGUGGACAAACUUCUGCUGCCUCGGCCCAGCCCCUCUCAGAUUGAGCCCUGUGGCCCUCUAGUGGCCACUAACUGUCUGCUCAACUCCUGUGUCUGCUGCGGGAGCUGCGAGGACGGUCACGAGGAUGCCAUCACUACAGAGUCCACAGGACUUGGAUUCGGCCCUGCCCUUAGGUUGGACAAACAUUGUAAAACCCCGGCCACAAAUAGUGUCAUCCAGUCGGCUGCGUGCCGGCUCCCACUGACUGCUCAUGAACUUAGCAGUAAAGCUGAGAUGGCACAGCUUACUCCCCCUUCUCCCCGUUGUACCGCAGAGCCUCAGGAAGAGGAUUUAAAUUCCCAACUUUGUGAUAAGUGCUCGGUGGGGCAUCCAGAGCAGACGGAUCAUUUUCAGGACUCCAGUUCCAACAGGAGGAACGGCUUCUCGCCUUGCAGCCACCAGCUGAGAACUGAUAAACAGCAUGCCAGUGGAGGUCGACAAAGGGACAGGGAGACGGAUAAGGAGGAGUCAGAAAAUAAAGACGCAAAGCGGGACGCCAAAGAAGACAACAGAAAAAAGUCCAGUUUUCCCAACUCUCCCCUCAGUUCUGUAUCAGGGAGUGACUGUGAGUGUGUAUCGGUCACCACAUGUAGUCUGUCAAGCAGUGCAUAUACUCCCAGCCCUGUCAGCAGCCUGACUCCUAGCUCAGGGACUUCAGAAGACCUGGACCACCAGAAAGUCCGGCCGAGCCCACAAGAUACCAAGGUGGUAACUCGGAACAGGAUCCGAUCGCGUUUCCACAGUAGCCGUGACCUCAUCCACCGUCUCUUUGUUUGCAUAUCAGGUGUUGCAGAUCAAUUGCAGACAAACUACGCCAGCGACCUUCGCAGCAUCCUCAAAACUUUAUUUGAAGUCAUGGCGACCCAGUCUGAGCAAGGAGACAAUGACAAGCUAAAGAAAACAGGCCCUGUUCUGCGAAGUGCGGUGCUGGAGGACUGUGCUCUGUGUCAGGAGACCAUUUCCUCCACGGAAUUGGCAGCCAAAGCCCGGGAGGGGCAGUUCGAAGACCCUCCAGACUGGGUCCCUGAUGAUGCAUGCAACUCCUGCAUCGCCUGCAAGGCUCCCUUCACUGUCAUCCGCAGGAAGCAUCACUGUAGGAGCUGUGGAAAGAUCUUCUGCUCUCGCUGCUCUUCUCAUUCUGCUCCAUUGCCUCGAUAUGGCCAAGUAAAGCCUGUCAGAGUUUGCACCCACUGUUACAUGUUUCAUGUCACACCCUUCUACAGCGACAAGGCAGGAAUUUGAAUCCAGAUCACCGCCAUGAGCUCCCAUUUUGCUAAAAAUGUACUACACCGAAUCGACUAAGCAUGAUUUAGAAGAUCCCCACAUGAAUCCUCUGUGUGAUCUGUUGCGAGAUGCUGAUUAAUCAGAGGGGAUCGUAAAGUUUAACCCUUCCCAUCCUACAUAACUGAUACCCACAGGCCUGCCUGAAUGUUAUUCCAAGGGGACAAGCACAUAGAAUUAAAACUGGCAUUGUGCUGCAGCCCUCUGUUACAGUUUGCAUCUCAAAACCAAAUAGGCAUCUGUGUCCUUUGAUUUACUGUAAUUUUUGUUUAAAUCAAAAGACAUUUUGAUGAUUUUUAUUUAUCUUCUGACAUUUGUGCCCAAACUAUCACAGGGCUUAUCACUGAGGAAUGUAAGUCACAUGUAAAUAAGUCAACUUUGGUUGUAACUGACUGUAAUCAAAUGUAUACGGUUAUUGUUCUGUAUAUAAACUCUAAUUUGAAGGCAAUCUAAAGCAAAACCACUGAUCCCACUGAAGCAAAACUCAUUUUGUAUGACAUUCUUACAUGCAUUUCUGAAUGUGGUUUUUAUAUGUCUAAAGGGGAUUUUGUGCUUUUUUUUCCCAAACACACCCGUUGCUUUUACUGUUCAGCUAUGGGUUAUUGCAUUUGCAGCAAUGGCCGUUCUGAGGACCUGAGAUGGAAUGAAACGAUUUUCUUCAUCACGAUCAGCUUUUAUAGGCUGAUUUCUUUAUGCUCAAUGUCCCAUUUGAGCUCCAGUCGGUGUCGUUUGGAGAAAGUGGCCCUCAUGAGAGCACAGGCUAAUUACUGGCCAAUGAUCUUAACUUCCUCACAAAUGUUUAUGUGCAAUACUGUAAUUUUAGCACUUGUCUUUCACAUUUAAGCAAAAAAGCCUUUGCUAGCUAGCUAACAUAUUUUUUACGAAGAAAUGUUAGUUUUAGUAGAGAAUGUUUACAUUUUAAAUGGGUCUGAUUUUACCAUUAAACAUUAUCAAAUGUGUUUUCAAACUGACUUUCUUCCGUUCUGAGUUUUAUGCUACCAUUCCAAUAAAUUCCAAUGUUUGUCUUUAUGGCCAAAAUGA